AUGGACAGAUUAUGUGAGGAUAUCGAACAGAAUUAUCAUUUGGGUCCGAAUGAAAGCCAGACUGUCGUUUAUGGACAUAGGAACGUCGAUACGAUGGCAUCUUCGUCCGAAACGAUAGUGUUCGACGGAAAAAUGAUGAAAACUUCAACUCAUACUGAGGAAUUGGCUGCCACGUGGGGCGGGCGUUACUCACGACCAGACUCUGGAAGGUUACGGCGAGCACAUUCAUGGUCUGGAGGACCGCCGGAGGAUGUUCCCUCCGAAAUUAGAAUAUUAAGAGAAAGAUUAGUUCGAACUCAAGCGAAGCUGCGACCGGGUGCCGUACGUCAUUUGUCCCAACACCAACGUCUUACACUGGCUUCAUUGGCGUUGGUGGAUUUCAUGAGUUUCUGUUCUAUGAGCAUCAUGGCGCCAUUCUUCCCAAGGGAAGCUGCUGAAAAGGGUCUGUCAGAAACAAUGUGUGGAAUGGUGUUUAGUUUCUAUGCAGUUGUUAUGUUCCUCACUUCACCUUUCUUUGGUAAAUAUUUACCGGCGCUGGGAGCGAAGUUCAUGUUUACAUCGGGGAUGUUUGUCGCAGGAGCUUGUAAUGUUUUAUUUGGCACCCUCGUGUUAAUAGAAGACUCGAGAACAUUUACCACUCUCUGCUUCAUCGUUCGAGGUAUGGAGGCGCUAGGUGCCAGCGCGUAUUCCACAGCAAGUUACGUGUUCGUCGUCAACGCAUUUCCAGAUAACAUUGGAUCCGUUUUAGGUAUCCUUGAAACCUUUGUAGGUCUGGGUAUGUCUGUUGGACCAGCUAUUGGAGGGCUGCUAUAUUCGAUCGGCGGAUUCGGUCUACCAUUCUACAGUCUUGGUAUAGUGAUGGUGCUGACGGUCCCUAUCAACUUUUGCCUGCUAACUGAUUGUGACGAAUAUGUAUCCGGUUCAAAAACUGCUUCAAUCAUGAGACUGUUUAAGAUUCCAUCUAUAAUUAUCACUGGUUUGGUGAUAGUGAUCGUCUCCAAUACCUGGGCCUUCCUGGACCCCACAUUAGAACCACAUUUACGACAGUUCGGUCUAUCAACUAAGCAGAUAGGACUUAUAUUUUUGUUGUUUUCGAGCUUAUAUGGAAUUUUUAGCCCCAUUUGGGGGUGGGUGGCAGAUAGGGUCCAUAAUCAUUGGUGUAUGAUGGUUUGGGGGCUAUUUCUGUCAACUAUCGGCCUCUUGCUUUUAGGGCCAUGUCCUUUCAUUCCUGGUCUGUCGAGGGGCCUUUGGCUGGAUCUUUUAGCGCUUUCUAUAUUGGGAAUGUCCGUGGCGCUGACUUUACUACCCACCUUUCAAGGAGUUCUGACCAGUUCUAUUUACGAGGGUGGUUGUCCCGAAGCCCUAGCCACGUACAGCGCGGUUGCCGGCGUGUGGUCUUGUUGUUAUUCCCUCGGGGAAGUUCUGGGACCAGCUCUUGGCGCCGCCCUCGCUCAGAGAUACGGCUUCCCAUUAUGUGCUACGAUGUGCGCAGCCGCUUGCUUUACUAUGGCCGUGGUGACAUUGACGUUCUUCUCUCUUCGCGAAUCAUCUAAAUGGUUGGAUGAUGACUCCACUAGUAACUCCAUCCCUUACACCGAUACAACCUGGAGCAGCAAUCAGUUCCUACGAACACGGAGUGCACCAGAAGGUCGCGGACAAAUGGAAAACUCACCCUUACUAACACCCUGUUCGUGUGCUUCGAAAACUGCGUAUUACGUAUAUGGAACGUCGCCAUUGAAACAGCUAUGUUUGACGCACAACACCAAGGAGAAUGGAUCGGCGAGUAUAGGGGAUAUAGUAACUAAUUUCUUAAAAUUUCAAUAUUUGACAAAUACGUAUAUAAAAUUAAGGAAAUUUUACAAUAAAUAUAAGAAAAAUCAAAGCGAUAAUAAUGAGGACUUAUAUCAAAAUUACCUCGAGAACGCAGAAGAGGCUGAGAAUUAUGAACAACACGAAAGCAUAAAGGAGUCAAAAUGUAAUGAUGUAAAAGAACCAGAAAACAGCUACUGCUCAUAUUUAGAUAAAACUAUCUUCGGACCGGUGGUCAUGAAAAUGAAUAAAGAAAACAUUAUUAUAAAGCGAAACAACAAAGGCAUUGUCUCAAAAAUAAUAACGCUGGCUGAAGACAAGCGACCUUCGCAUGAAAUUAUAAAACACAAUUUACAAAAAGUACACUUCUAUGAACAGAGUCCUGGGUGCGCGAAAAUUGAUAUAUUUGAUGGUUGCGAUUGCAGAGAUGAUAUCACAUACGUUCGAGGUACAGUUACUGUUUCAUCAGCAGGAGCUUGUGAAGUGUAA